AUGCUCAUUAUGAAAUGGUUUCGUGCGUUCGAUCUACGAUCCAAAUCGCAUACAAUACUGACAACCAACGACAGGUUGGAAACAGUUGCAGUGAGACCUGCUUGCAGAGACAACAUGUUCCAUUCAUUGUGCGUCACGGUUCAUACCGACAAUCUGUUUGCCCUUUUGUUCCUAACACUGGCGAUCGGCGAACUACACACCGCACCGGUUCAUGUAAUGUACGAACGAUUUCAGCAGAACAAUGGAACCGAUCUGAUCGAUGCGGCAAACCUACGCAUACGAAAGUACAACCGCACGCUGACCGUGUUCGACGGAACGUUCGAGCUGUACCGUGAUAUGGAUGACGACUACGCUUUCAGCGUGUCACUUUCGUACAGCACGCUGGGAAACAAUCAGUUUAUACGAUCGCCAUUCCGUCUACCGCAGCAGCACGUUUGCACCUUUUUCAACACAACCUACCGAGACUAUCGGGAGUUCUACCGUAACGUGACAAACUUACCGGACGUGGGUACAUGCCCGAUGCCAGCCCAGCAGUACUAUAUUAGAAAUAAGGUUCUGGACUCGAAGCUAAUCAAUAACUACUUUCAACCAGGGCUGUGGAGGUUUGAUCUGUUGAUUUUAAAGAAGCAGGCAGAGCAUCCGCUCUUGAGUAUAGAGGUAUUGUUUAAGGUUUCGAAGGAAGAUAUUUUUUGAAAAAGGCAAAUAAAUAGAUAUCAAUAACGCUAACUAGAAGUAUCAGAGCAUCAAAUCAUAAUCAACGAAAUCAUAACCACAUCGGGCAUUAUUAACGAAAUGAAUAGGAAGAAUGGAUAAGAUCGCAACAGUAACGUUGAUGCAUUUUCAAGCAUUUGUCGAUAAAAUGGUUGUAAACUGAAUUAUCCAAACAACUUUGAGCCAGUAAAUAUGAGAAUAAUUUUUAAAACGCUUUUAUAAAUCGCUAUUAGAUUCAAGCAACACAAAAGGUUUACAUGCUACUCAAACCAUUGCGUUUUACCAGACUACAAUUGUUGUUCAUACAUCGUAGUAGACCUUUAUCUACUUUGUAUUACAUGCUGCUUCCUGGACACAUUUCAUUUCUAACAUGGCAUUACGAAUCAAUGACAACAUGCCAUCUUUAUAG